AGACGCUGACGCUGGAAUAUUCUGGACUACAUUACAAAUAUUUAUCAAACUAGACUGACUGCAGUCUGAGUGAAUGUAGGAUUGUGGGAAAAAGGAGUGCUCAGAUUGUGCCGAUAUUGGGUUUUUUAUCAGUUCAGGAUGGGAGAAACGAAAGUUUCUGGUGAGGAGGAGAGACCCAAAUGGGACAACAAGGUUCAGUACCUGCUGACAUGUAUCGGCUUUGCUGUGGGGCUCGGAAACGUGUGGCGGUUUCCCUACCUUUGUCAGAUCUACGGAGGCGGAGCUUUCCUCAUCCCUUACCUGAUAGCGUUGGUGUUUGAGGGCCUCCCACUGCUCUACCUGGAGCUGGCAAUAGGACAGAGGCUUCGCAUGGGCAGCAUCGGAGUCUGGAACUCCAUCUCUCCGCUGCUGGGUGGAGUCGGCAUCGCCUCCAUGUUUGUGUCAUUCCUGGUAGGAAUGUUCUACAACACCAUCCUGGCCUGGGUACUCUGGUACUUUUUUCACUCUUUUCAAGACCCGCUGCCCUGGAAGGAGUGUCCUCUGAAUGAAAAUCAAACCGGUUAUAAUGAUGAGUGUGAGAAGAGUACCCCGGUGAAUUAUUUUUGGUACCGUGACACUCUGAACAUCACACCAGACAUCGAGAUUAAUGGUUCCUUGCAGUGGUGGCUGGUCAUUUGUCUGGCUACUGCCUGGUGCGUGGUUUACAUCUGCUUCAUUAAAGGCAUUGAGUCCGUGGGAAAGGCAGUUUAUGUGACAGCCACAUUCCCCUACUUAGUGCUGACCAUCUUCCUGAUCCGUGCCCUCACCCUUCCUGGAGCCACUGAUGGUUUGGUUUACCUUUUCACUCCCAAUUGGGAAAUCUUAAAGGACCCACAGGUGUGGCUGGAUGCUGCCACCCAGAUCUUCUUUUCUCUUUCUGUGGCGUUCGGAGGUCUCAUAGCUUUCUCCAGCUAUAAUGGAGAAAGAAAUGAUUGUGAGAGGGACGCUGUUCUUGUAGGAGUAAUAAACAGCGCCACAUCUCUCUACGCAUCCAUCCCCAUUUUUUCCAUACUGGGAUUUAAAGCCACCAAUGGCUUUAACGCUUGCCUAAAAGAGAACAUCCUGACUCUGACCAACCACUUUGAGAUUUCAGAUCAAAACAUAACAUUGGACAACUACAAUAAAUGGUACAAACAUUUAAAUCAGAGCUAUCCAGAUGUUGUGUCUAAUUUGUCACUGAGGGAAUGUGACCUACAAACAUUUCUUGACCAGAGUGCUUCAGGUACUGGCCUGGCUUUUAUUGUGUUCACGGAAGCUGUCUUGGAGAUGCCCGGCUCACAGAUAUGGGCCAUAUUGUUCUUCGUCAUGCUCUUCAGCCUGGGUCUCUCCUCCAUGUUUGGCAACAUUGAGGGCAUCCUCACACCCAUCAAUGACCUCAAACUGGUUCCCAAGUGGGUUCCCACUGAACUUCUGACAGGAAUAAUUUGCUUGGUUUCCUUCUUGGUGGCCCUGAUCUUCACCCAAGGUUCAGGAAACUACUGGGUGGAGGUCUUUAACAGCUAUGUGGGCUCUGUACCUCUGCUCAUCAUUGCAUUCUUUGAGAUUGUUGGAGUCAUUUACAUCCAUGGAAUUAAAACUUUCAGUGAAGACAUCUAUUUCAUGACUGGGAGGAGGCCCAACAUCUAUUGGAAGGCCUGUUGGAUGGUGAUUAGUCCAGUCAUGCUCCUGGUGGUGUUAGUUGCUUAUGUGGUUAUGCAGGCACAGAAAUACCCGAUGUAUCCAGCGUGGGACCCAAACUAUGAACUAUUCCCUCAAACUGAGGUAAAGUCAUAUCCAGGCUGGGUGUUUGCCAUAAUUGUACUCCUCUGUGUGCUGCCUGUGAUUUCCAUCCCUGUGGUGGCUCUCUACAAACUGAUCCGCUCCAGAAUCAGACAGUCGCAGAGUCGAGCUGAAUUUAACCCCUAUUGGAAUGAAGGUUUUGAUCUUGAAACACAGGAGGAGAGGAAGCAAAAGGCUUAAAGAAUGGGAAAUAUUAUAAAUCAGCAAUGUCAGUCACUGAGCACAGAGCAUGUAGAGAAAGGGUUAGUUCCAGACUAACCCAUUAUUUAUAUUACUUUUAGACUUAUGAAACAUUUCUUUAUCACACCGGGCAUACAGGUGUCAGAUAAUACUAAGUUAGCUUUAUGUUAAACCUCUACAUUUUUGCACAACACUGUUCACUUAUGCAAAUGUAUACUCUGUGUGCUAAGCAUGACCAGACUCUCUUAAGAUAUAU